CUGAGGGUGGAAGUCGGCCAGAAGAGCUCUGUCCGAGCCUACAGAGGGAACACCAUCUUUCGAGUGCAGUUGGGAGACCUCAGUCAUUACCGGAAGUCGCUCUCAUUCCCGUCACUGCCUUUCCUUCACCUUCACCCGCAUGGAUUGUGUGCCUCCCAAUCCCAGGACCUGUCGGAGAAACCGGUGAAAGCAGUGGCGACAGUCGAUAUUCGAGCGUUCCCGGCAUCGCUCGUAUGGAGUGGCGAUGUUACUUGGCCAUGUUGGUAGCACUCGUGCUACCAAGGCCGAGUCGAUGUCAAGUCGUCCAAUGGGACAUUUCGAAACGUGUUGUCCAUCGAAGCCUUCAUGCUCGGGCGGACAAUACAUUUGAAGAAAUCAUCACCAACGAGAAAGGGCAGGGAGGGUACUUUGCCACCGUGACCGUCGGUAGCCCCGGGCAAGAUCUCGUGAUGCAACUGGACACUGCGAGCAGUGAUGCUUGGGUGCCAUACAGCGGAGCUUCUAUCUGCGAGAGCGGGACGAAUGGAUGUUCAAUGGGAACCUUCGAUCCGCACAGCUCUGAUACUUUCAAGGAGGUGGCCCGAGACAAGUUCGAGAUCUCAUAUGUUGACUCCAGCUACUCGAACGGCGACUAUUUCGCGGAUCGUUUCGAAAUUGGCGGCGCAGUUGUGCAGAACUUGACCAUGGGCCUCGGAAUGAAGACCAACAUCCCCUAUGGAUUAGUGGGGGUAGGUUACACUGUGAACGAGGCAUCACUCUCGACAAUGGGCUGCGAAUAUCCGAACCUGCCCGUUGCCAUGCAGCACGAGGGUCUUAUCAACUCGAUCGCCUACAGUCUCUGGCUCAACGACUUGGAUGCCAACACUGGCAACAUCUUAUUCGGAGGCGUGGACACGGCAAAAUACAUUGGCCCUCUGACCAAAAUCGACGUCAUUCCAGAUGAUGAUUCAGAAAACUACACUCACUUCUCAGUAUCACUCACUUCUUUGGAAGCCACAAGCCCAAGCGGCACGGAUGUCUUGACCUCACCUGAUGGUCCCCUUAAUGUCGUACUCGAUGCCGGAACGACUCUGUCAUACUUGCCACAUGACAUGGCCUCAAAGGUAUGGGAAGAGGUCGGGGCAGAAUAUCAGGGCGCCUUUGGCAUGGCAGUCCUGCCUUGCUCACAUGAUGCUCACCCAGGCUAUUUCUCUUUCGGAUUUGCUGGAUCCCAAGGGCCUCGGAUCAAUGUGACUAUGGACGAGCUUGUCGUGGAUUUGACAAAUGGGGAGCCCCCCACGUUCGCAUCUGGUCCCUAUGAGGGUGAACUUGUGUGCGAAUUCGGCAUCCAAAACUAUUCAACCGGGCCCUACAUCCUUGGCGAUACGUUUCUCCGCUCAGCAUACGUUGUGUAUGAUCUUGAAAAUAACGAAAUCGCCAUCGCGGCCACCGACUUUAACUCGACGGAUACCAAAAUCGUUCCUUUCCGGAGCAAAGGUGCCCCAAUACCCUCGGCCACGGCAGCAGGAGAGCACAUCGAGUCCGCAAUGCCACCGUUGCCGACAACAAGUACGCUUAUCGCCGCCGAGGGCUUCCAAGACGGAGAUGGGCUCGAUGACGGCGCAAUGACGCUCAGAAAGUUUACACUCACUGGGAUUGUGACCGUCGCCAUUUCUGUUAUGUUGCUGAGCACAUAGCACUGCGACGAACGUAGGGUCUGCCAGAGACAGCGACCAAACUGCUCACAUUCCAUUUUACGAAUAACGACGUUGCG